AUGACUUUCCUGAUCCACCGCAACAAAAUGAGAGACAACGAAAUUGAGCCAAACAGAGCAAGUAAUAAAGAUUUGUUUGAGAUUUGGAGCUUCGAUGGAAAAUUGGUGUAUGAAAACAUAAUCCAAGCGAUGGAGGAUUUCAAUGACAAGCAUUGCAUUGCAGCAGGUGGAUAUGGCACUGUUUAUAGAGCUGAGCUGCCAAGUGGUCAAGUUGUCGUUGUAAAAAAGUACCCUCCUUCCCAAGAUGCCGAGUUGGCUAAUCUGGUAAGUUUUAUGAGUGAGAUUCAUGCAUUGACAGAGAUACGACAUCGGCAUAUCAUAAGGCUUUUGGGUUACUGUUCACACCAUGGAUGUUCACCCCGGGUCAUUCAUCGUGAUAUAUUGAGCAAGAAUGUUCUUUUAAACUUAGAAGAUGUUGCUUAUCUAUCUGAUUUCGGAACUGCGAGACUUCUAAACCUGCACUCAUCAAAUUGGACUUCCUUUGUAGGCACCUUGGGAUAUGCUGCUCCAGGUACUUGCACAAGUCAUCUUAGCUACCAAUAUAGUGUCGUAACGGAGGUGAAUGAAAAGUUAGACAUCUACAGCUUUAGAGUUUUAACACUGGAAGUUGUAAUGGGGAGGCAUCCAGGGGAUCUCAUGUCUUCUCUUUCUUCAUCAUCUUUGGAUUCGUCACCACCAUCUUCUUAUGGUAUUCUGUUGAAGGAUGUAUUGGACAAACGGCUCCCACUACCAAGGAAUCAGGAGGAGGAAGUAGUGGUUCUUGCUGUAAAGAUAGCACUUGCAUGCUUGCACCCCAACCCGCAGUGCCGACCCACUAUGCAACAAGUUUCUGUGGCUCUAUCAAAACACAAGUCACACUUGCAGAACCCAUUCCUCAUGAUCACAUUAGGACAACUACUUGAUUUCAAUUUCCAAAUGCCUAAGCAAAAUUUAACUGGUGAAUGGAAAACUGAGAGGAUCGAACCAGUAUUUAAGAGGAACAUGGGAGUGAUGAAGCAAGGCAAUGGCAGUCUCAGUGAUGUGCCGAUGUUUGCGUUCAGAAACACCAUUCUGUGGUGGUGUUUGAGAAAAAAAGGUUUCCCAGACCAAGAAUAUAGCGGUCAUAGUGUCUUUUGGAAUGGAGCUAUCCAUUGGUUAACUGAUGACGAUUUUCUGAUGAGAUUUGACGUUGAUAUCGAGGAGAAUUUUGAUGUUUUAAAGCCCACGAAAGUUCGAAUUUCAAGCAAGUUCACUUGGAAUAGCUGA